AACGGCGGCUCCGUUUACCCGGUUUACCUCGCGAGAUCGCCAUGUUUACUUGGAAGAAGCCCCGCGGAGUGCGGACGUUCGCAUCGAGGGAGACGCGAGUUCGCCGCUCGGCGCGUGAAAAAUAACGGCGGAGUGGCUUCCUCUCGGCACCCGCGACGGGACCGGCGAUGAAGAGCGACGGACCGUCGCUCUAGCGAGCCGGUUGCUCGUCGCCACGCGGAUGAACCGGUCGUGAGUUCGGCUAACCUCUCGGGGCGUCGCGCGACAACAAGCAAGGGCGAUAUGGCGCCGCGCAGGGAGGCGAGACCUAACCUCAACGCCGGCAGGUCCUCGAGGAGGGGCAACAAGGGCUGGCUGGAGAACUAUCUGGAUUGGCGGCAGCUCGCCGCCCUCCUCACCGACCCGCGCAAGCUGACGCUAGUGGCGAAGCUGAUCGUCGCCCUGGAGAUCGUCCUGAACGUGCUGGUAAUCCAGACGGUGCCGUACACCGAGAUCGACUGGCGGGCCUACAUGCAGGAGGUCGAGGGCUUCCUCAACGGCACGACGGACUACACGAGGCUGCGCGGCGACACCGGGCCGCUGGUUUACCCCGCCGGCUUCGUCUACGUUUUCUCCGCGCUCUACUACGUGACGUCGCGCGGCGUCGACGUCAGGACGGCGCAGUACCUCUUCGCGGCGCUGUACGUGGCGACGCUGACGCUGGUCUUCCGGAUCUACGCGCGGACCAAGAAGGUGCCACCCUACGUGCUCAUCCUGAUGUGCUGCACCUCCUACAGGAUACACUCGAUAUUUGUCCUGAGGCUCUUCAACGACCCGGUGGCGAUGGCGCUGCUGUACGCGUCUAUUAACGCGUUUCUCGACAAUCGCUGGUACCUGGGCAGCGUGCUGUACAGCCUCGCGGUGUCCGUCAAGAUGAACAUCCUGCUGUUCGCCCCGGCGCUUCUCGUCGCCUACCUGUGCACCCUGGGGAUGCUCAAAACGCUGGCGCACCUGUCCGUCUGCGCGUCGAUACAGCUGCUUCUCGGUCUUCCGUUCUUGCUGGAGAAUCCCCUCGCUUACAUAAAGGGCGCCUUCGAUCUGGGUAGAAUUUUCGAGUUCAGGUGGACCGUCAACUGGAGAUUCCUGCCCGAGGAGGUGUUCGUGCAUCCGUACCUGCACGUCUCCCUGUUGCUUCUGCACAUGCUGACGCUGCUCUACUGCGCGCCCGUCUGGAUCACCUAUGUCAAGUCGUACGCGAAACUCAAGCACCUGGGGAAGGAACUGAAGCCUCAGCUGCGUAAGAAAGAGAAGGUGGACACGUCCACUGUGAGCCAGCUGCUCGUCUAUCCCCUUUUCGUCGCCAACUUGAUCGGCAUUACGUUCAGCAGGUCGUUGCACUAUCAGUUCUACAUAUGGUACUACCACACGUUGCCGUACCUCGCUUGGUGCACCGACUACAAGACCGUCCUCAAGCUGACCGUCCUAGGCGUGAUAGAAUUGUGCUGGAACACGUAUCCGAGCACGGUGUUCAGCAGCGUGGCGUUGCAUCUGUGCCAUAUAAUUCUGCUGUACGGCAUCCUGAGAAACAGGUCGAAUAACGCGAAAGAUAAAUGAACUAUGUCGCGUCACUUGUCCCAGUCAUACUCCUCCGUAAUCUAUGUAUCGAAUACAUAGGGUGUCGUUGUGUGUCUCCACCCCGACUCGUGCACGAGACACGCGAGGUGUUUCUCUAUUCACGAUUUACAUAGGGUUGUUUGAGAUUGCAUCUAGAGAAACGGGCAACUGUGUAUGUAUACGCAAUAUCGUUUUAUGUAUGGAAUAAAUUGUGAAUAGCGUCGCAUCUGGUU